AUGACCUAUAUAAGGUCGGCCAGUAAAGCCAGCCAAAACCUAUAUAAGGCCAAGGAGACCACAUCUGACAAUAAACUUACCUUAUUUCGUGGUGUCAGGUGCAUAACUGUUGAUGCAAAAAGCACCAACGAAAAUGAAACGGAUACAUCUGCCAUCCAUGAAGUGCAAUAUAAAUCCAGCAAUAUUGAAGAGAAUGUCACCUUGUCUACCGGGGACUCGGAGCUUAGUGCAUCGGAACGUACAAGACGUUUAAUUCCGUACAUGGCCUUUUAUGUGCCCGUCCAAGAUCUGCCCAUUAACCAGCAGUAUGCUGCAAUACCAACGCAGACAAAAAAUGGACCACGACUCAGUGGAACAGGCACAUCUUCAGGGUCGCACAUUCCCCUGCCACCGCAAUAUGUUAACAUGAAAACAUAUUCGGGGCCGGAAGCUGCGUCAUAUUUACAAUCUCCAACAGCUGCUCCACAUUAUCAGGCCGGUUCAGGCGAUGCCUAUCAUGGGCUGGCAGUAUACGGUGGUGGUGGUGUUGGGGGCACACCUCACCAAGAGCAGCCAUAUCAACUGGUACCAACAGCUAUAAAACACAUCGAUAAUGGCGCUAACCACAAAUACCCUGGACAGCAGUUACUUUCUGCGGGAUCGCCCGGCCCUUCGGCACCAUCCGCUGGAAUUAACUUGACUGGCAAUAAGAUAAAUCCCAUUCGGCAUAAAACCGUACAGCAUUUUCCACCACUGCCAUCACAUCCAGCCACCUCCUCAUCGUCGACAUCAACAUAUGAAUCUGCCUCGCUGAAACACCAACGAUACCAACAGCAGCAACAACAACAUAGUGUCGCUUAUCGUCCACGAACGAAACAAUCAAAAAUCAAUUUAACACCAUUUACACCAGCCAAUUCCGUGCCGGGAAAUUUUGUGCCAAUUGUUUAUACGCCAGUAAACAGCAACAGUAACAACAACCAUAACAUAGUCAUAACAUCACAUGCUACAUCCGCGGCUGACACCCACACCACCGACACCGAUAAUUCGCCACCAGACUUAUCUACAACAACAGCAAAUGGAGGUGGAAAGCAACAACAACAAAUUGCAAUUGAAUACCCCGAUCCAUUGCAUCCAGCUUCAAUUGAUGGUGUGACCCAACACCAACGUCCGUCACCGUCUACGCAACACCUCCAGCCCUUCUCACACCAGCAUCGUCUAAAUCCUAAACAGCCGGGACAAUAUUUUAGUGUAACGCCGUUGUCGUCUGGAAGAGACACAGGCAACUCCCAACAUCAGGAUAUACAAGCCAUUGGCCCUUCAUCCAGUUAUGACCAUUCCCAACAACAACAACAUAGUCCCGAAAUUGUCCUUAUUGAUGGCUCACCCCGACCGCCAAAGCAUUCGCAACAGUUAACAUUGAUUGGAUCCAAGCCACAAAACCAACAACAAUAUCACACAAAAACUAUACAAUUUCGUCCUUCGAAACCUGAGCAUUUUUUCAUAUCAGAACAGGAGCACUCUGAACAGCAACGUCCACGUCCCAGUGAUAAGUACGCCCAAACAAAGAACCAACCACAUCAAUUGGAACAGGACCAAGGACAACAUCAACUCCUGACCAAACCCAAACCUUCAACGCCACAAUAUGCCGACUAUCCUGUAGAUGAACCGAAGCAAUCCUUGGAUGAAGACCACGACAAUGAGUCGUACCGACAACCGGCGGCACAGUUGCCCCUAAAACCCACACUGGGGCCACCAACUCACGCCUUUGUUGUGGUUACAACCGCAGCACCCCCAACAUACCACCAGCCUGUGAUCCAAGAAAAUUAUGGCUCCACCGUUCGACCUCUGUACAAAAAUAAACCGAAUAUCAAAUUACAGCCCGUGACCAAGGAGAAGAAUGUCAAUUAUCCAGUCAUUAGGCAACCGAAUCCAACGGCAAGACCUUCUCCUGCCCUAGUCUCAACAACUCCAAAUACCAUGAUUGUGGAUUCUGCUCCCAAAUAUGUUUACGUCAAAGAGGAAUUUGGACAGAAACUAGCUACCCCUCCACCAAUAAAACUGAAACCAGUGCAAAAAUAUGAAAACGAUAAUCACAUUCCUACAAAACAACAGCCACACGUCCAGCUGCAACACCUACAGCCACAACCACCGGUCGCCGGUCAUGGACACAACGAACUCUCAUCCACGGUGGAGUCCACCCCACCACAACGACACACUUUAUCCGAUCCAAACGAGCUGCCCGACAUACGCACAUCCUCACUGGCAGAAAUAUUGCACAAGUUACAAGAGAGCAACCACCUGCCGCAUACCUUGACGCCGGACAACAUUGACAAUUCCAUCAAAACCCUCAUUCGUAUAUUGAACAAUUUGAAGAAGACCCAAACGAUUGUGGCCAAUCCACCACAGCACCAUGAGAGUUCCCCGGCCAUUUCGCCGGAUUAUGAUUAUGCAACGGGUAGUGAGGAACAGGACCAGGAUUUGCCGCACCAACAAGGUGAUGUGCGUCUCCCCAUACCAGUAGCAGCCAAUACACCAAACAAACAUCCCGGACCCAGUACUGGAAGACCCGGCAUUGACUAUCCAAACUAUGCUGAAAUACCUCAGACUUCAUUUGACUGUUCGCAACAGCGGUACAAAGGAUUUUUCGGAGAUCCCGAAACAAAUUGCCAAGUAUGGCACUAUUGUGAUCUGAAUGGCGGCAAGGCGUCUUUCCUCUGUCCGAAUGGAACGAUUUUCAGUCAGAGUCCAACAUUUUUGCAGAAGUUACAGUAA